AUCUGUGCUAGUGGUGACAUCUGUGGAAUUACGAGUGAUGCCCUAGGACGCCAAUAAUAAACGUUCUAAAAGAUACAGCCUUUGUUUCUUGUCAGGAUAUCAUUUUCACAGGAAAAAACAGAAAUGGAAUCUUAUCAGUCUCCAGAGUCUUAGUCAUAAUUCGAUAAGUUUUAUUGAUCUUUUAAAUUAUUUUUGUGCUUUGAUAUCUGAACUUCAUUGAUCUCUCUGAUGACUUUGUCAACUUCUUGGAAAGAACACAAAGACAUAAUGAAGUGUUUCUCUCUUUGCCUGAACGAUCAGAGAUUUUUGUUCUCGGAGAUUUGACAGAAGAGUGUCAUUAGUUUUGAUUUCACGUGAACGUGAGCUCUCUCGUGACAUAGACGACAUGACGGACGGCAAGGAAAAUCUCCUUAUCAGCGGCUGUGGGCAGCUGUAUCUGGCCCAAGCUGUGGAUCGACUGCGCAUGCACUCUCUGGCGAACAAACACAGCAGCUUCCGGCUGCGCAUGAGCACAAACGACGAAGGGUCGGGCUCUCGACCCCCUAGUCCCCGGAAAGCCCACAGUAUGGUGACCACAGUGGAGAAGUUCCGGCAGAUGCGACCGAAGCGCCACCAACCGAGAGUUUUCCCACUUCAGGGGAGACAGCUCAUAGAGAGGUGAACGAGACAGUUAACAACAACCUACAACGUCUGCCUCCACCCAGCUCCAGCAUACCCAACAUCGGCCGGAAGUCGCUGAAACAGCAGGAAAACCUGGAACCCAACACCAAAGCCUUACUGAAGAAACGCAACCGCUUGCCUAAACCAUCACCCCAAGGACAUCUGGUCAGCCCUUUCCUUCUCAACAGCGACGGACUUCCGGGAAGCGAAUCCUCGCCGCCCUUCUCUCACGCCAGUGUUUCCAAAGAAGGGGCCCCGAGUCUGCAAAGACAUAUCUUAUUUAACUCAGAGCCAGGAGAGGGGCGAUGGAGUACGCAAAACCAAAAACAUCCUGAAGACCAAAACCUACCUGCAGUGGACACGGACACCAUGCAGGAUUUUUGUUAUGAAUACUACGUGGGCAAAGACAAUGUUAGCGAUACUUCUGGUGGAAAUGCUGGAGGAAAAGGCUCUCUUGUCUCGGAGCCUACGAAAAAGCGAAGCAGACAACUGCUGUCCAGGAGCCCUGUGAGUUUACAACGUAAGUUACGACAGGGCAUGUCUAAAUUGAAUGGCAGUAACAUAAAAUCGUUCGGUACCGACGGGUUCUGUCCUCCUCUGGCUAACGGUGUGGGACAGACGCCCCAGAGAAUCAGCUACGUACCACACCGACCGGGUAGUACAACCAACACAGAUCACGCGACUGCUGCUUCUGAAGACGAGUCGGACGCGGACCUCAUGUCUAUUCGCCUGCCGAGUCUGUAUCGAGAGGGAUCAGAAAGGUUCGACGAGUACGAUUCUGAUGGGAAUACACGCGCUCACACGUUAUCCUUCAAGCAGAAGUCGAGAAGUCGCGCGAGACAAUCUCGACACAGGAAAAUCGACGAGCACGAUAUCGACAACAGCGCCUUGGACAUUGUGCGCCGGGAAAAUGACGUAUACGCGCUCUCUGAUGACGAAAUACCCAACAUUCCUCAACGGAAACGUAUAGUCGUUGAUAUGCCCAACAUUAUCUUCAAUGCUGCUAGUCCGGACGUAGACAGGGUUACCCCUGGUAAGGCCGAGGAACGUAGUCGGCCACCUAGCCACAACUUGUACACGGAGACUUCAUUGAAGAAAUCUAUCAAACAACAGGAGAUCAGAAAACGUGAACUGAAGAAUCUUCUAGAAGACGUGAAGGAACUUAACAUGCGAACGGAAGCUCUGAGCUCGCAGUCUAUGAACGAAAUGCCACCUUGAAAAACUGCAGAAUAGGAGAAAACAUUAUAGUGGUAGUGAAGAUAACUCGGUGAUACUGGGGCUAGAUAGCUGUUGUCGUUCUUAGCCAAAGACUUGUUUGUAUUAUAAUAAGUAUCUAAGCCUGUACCCUCUGACGCAUUUUGGGUUCUCCACGGAGCGCGCCUUUUGGCUGUUUGGAGCCAAAUGAAGGACGAGGAGGGAAAGGUUGGGCACACAGAGACUGGCGUUUUGCCCUUCACUUGCGCGUCCACAGUGUGCAUCACUGCAGCGAACUUUUCAUAGAGAGCAAAUAACAUGGUCUAGGAUAUUAAACGUGUAAUUGAAGUCUAUGUUGUGUUCUUAGCUAGAUCAUCGAAGACGGCAGUACGCUCUUAUAUACGGUACCCGUACUUGUCAAUAUUGCUGUUUGCUAGUCGUACAUAAGUGCAAUUUCUGUUUUGCCAUGCGAUAUGCUAGCUAAUUGACUUUUUGAGGCAGAAAUAAAGUGAACUUUAACAACUGCCUCUGCAGUCAUAAGACGGUAUGAACGACAGUUCGUUCAACCUGUACAACAGUUUUAAGGAUGUGCACGUGAAGGGUUCCAUUGAAAACCUCACUAACGCGCCAACUCUAGGCGUUUCCAGAAAACUCUCCACUAAAAAAACCAAAACAACUAUGAUAAGAGUUGUCGUGAGAAUUAUUUUUCUUCUCUGAUUGCUCUAUAUCCAUCGAUAUUUAGUGUAAUGAGAUUUUGUUUUCCCUUCUUUAAAAAAUCCGAUUUUAUUCUUUAAUUUUCUGAGUUUUACAGUAAAUGGAAACUGUGCAUUUUGAUAUGGAGCCCUUCAAAUGUGCAUUGCAUGUAUUAGAUUUCCUAUUUGUUCACAUUUUUUUUCCUUUCAGCAUUUUACUUUUGCUUCGAGGGAAAAAUGUGAACUACUUGUAUUGUGGAGCAUUAUGUAUAAUCACAUAAUAAAAACCCAAGAAAACUCUCAGACUUCACAAACGUCUAAAAUAAUUGAUUGUCUAUGAGAAUAAUGUCUUUAUAUUGAAUUUCUGAUUAAAUGACCGAUACAUGCGCAA